AUGUCUAAAGCCAUUUGUAGGUCCUUUAAUGGUGUUCGGCUCCUUUCUGGACCUGGGACAUGCCGGCCACGACGCCGCACGUAUCAGCAUGUAUGGCCGAAACAAGCAGUCAGUCGUUCAACAGCAGCAGUCUCGACCACUCGCAUAGCAAAAGGAAUACAUGCGACAGCACCUAUUCAGCCUAGUCAUAAAGGAUAUGCCGUCAGCUGUGGAUCGCUCGAUCCGUUGAGCGACACCAUGUUCCAACAUCCCAACUUAUCCCGGUCAAGGGGACAAACCGGACAUGAUAUUCUUCAAAACACCUUGGUCAAUUGCAAGGUGGAAAAAAUAUUUGGCGUACCCAGCCAGUCAAUUCGAUCUGACCCUUUCAACAACAUUUAUAAUUCGAAGUCUCUCGAUGCCGUUAUAGCGAGUCAAGAACAAGGAACAGGACAUAUGGCAGAGGGAUAUGCAAGAGCCACUGGCAAGCCAGGCGUUGUUCUCGUAACAUCGCCGUACGGCAUCACGAGCCUUGUAACACCGAUGCAAGAUGCGCUUUGCGACGGGACGCCAAUGGUAGUCCUCUCCAGCCUAUCGCCGUCUAUAUCUCUUGGACGCGACGAGUUCCAGGUUCCCGAUACCCUAGGCAUCGCAUCGGCGUGUACAAAAUGGAGCAGCAGGGUCGCCCAGAUCGGAGAGCUCGAGCAGAAGAUCAAUGACGCUUUCGAGAUCGCUCUCAGCGGGAGACCCGGCCCAGUUCUGGUAGAUAUACCGGCUUCCGUCAUGAAUGAACAAUUACACCAUCCAUACGGCAUGCCACCACUCCGUUUAAGACGUCUACCGCCAAUCUCCACUGGAGUUCUCAGAAUGGCCCCCCAAGACCUAGAUCAGACUCUUACGGAAGUUGCCCGGCUCGUUGAUGGGGCACGAAAACCGGUGUUAUACGUCGGCCAGGGCAUGCUCGCCCGUCCAGAGGGACCAGCGAUCCUGAACGAAUUUGCAGACAAGGCAAAUAUCCCAGUCACGACAUCCCUCCAAGGCCUCGGCGCAUUCGACGAGCACGAUCCGAAGUCGCUGCAUAUGCUUGGGCUGCAUGGCUCUGGGUACGCCAACCUCGCUGUGCAGGAAGCAGACUUGAUUAUCGCGCUUGGGGCCAGGUUCGAUGAUCGCGUCACCGGAAGCAUCCCGAAGUUCGCGCCCCAGGCUCUCGCUGCUGCUUCUGAAAACCGAGGCGGCAUCGUCCACUUCGAUAUUGCCCCGAAAAACGUCAACAAGGUGGUCCAGGCAACGGAGGUGGUCCUGGGCGAUUGCGCGACGAACCUCAAACAACUGAUUCCUCGGAUUCAACGAGUCUCGGACAGACCAGAGUGGUUUUCGCAAAUACGACACUGGAAGAAGAGAUUUCCGCUAUCCGCCUAUGCGAAGCACAACCCCUCCAAGUCGAUCAAGCCACAAGCCGCGAUCCAGAAGCUCAGCGAGAUGGCGGACCACAUGAAAGACCGAGUCAUCAUCAGCACCGGCGUCGGCCAACACCAGAUGUGGGCGGCUCAGCACUAUCGCUGGCGACAUCCUCGGACGAUGCUGACGUCUGGCGGGUUGGGCACGAUGGGAUACGGCCUGCCAGCGGCCAUCGGGGCCAAGGUUGCGCGUCCAGACUGUCUCGUCAUUGACAUUGAUGGUGAUGCUUCAUUAAGCAUGAGCUUGGCGGAGCUAGCAACAGCAGCCCGAUAUAAUAUCGCCGUCAAGGUGCUCUUGUUGAACAAUGAAGGGAUGGGCAUGGUUUCAGACCUCCAAAGGAUGUACUAUGCUGAGCGGUUCGCCCACUGCCGGCAGGAGAAUCCAGACUUCGUCCUGGCAUCGCAGGGGUUCGGCGUCGCGGCCGAUCGAGUCGUCUCUCCCGCAGACCUUGAGCAGAAGUUAACUUGGUUGAUCGAACACGAUGGGCCGGCGCUUCUGGAAGUCGUCACGGAGAGGAACACUCCGGUCUGGCCAGUAGUACCCUCCGGUAAGGGCCUACAUGAGUUCGUCACAUACCCCGAAGUUGUAGACUAA